AUGGCUCCAGGGAAUCAAACUCGGGUGACUGAGUUCAUCCUCGUGGGAGUCUCGGACCAUCCAGAUCUCCAGACCCCACUCUUCUUUGUGUUCCUGGUCGUCUGUGGGCUGACUGUGGCUGGGAACCUGGGCAUCAUCACUCUCAGCAGUGUUGACCCUCGACUUCAGAUUCCCAUGUACUUUUUCCUCCGGCACUUGGCUGUCAUCAAUCUCGGCAAUUCUACUGUCAUUGCCCCUAAAAUGCUGGUUAACUUCUUGGUUUCAAAGAAAACCAUAUCCUACCACGGAUGUGCAGCCCAACUGGGUGGAUUCUUAGUUUUUAUUGUGGCUGAGAUUUUCACGCUGGCUGCAAUGGCCUAUGACCGCUAUGUGGCUAUUUGCAACCCCCUGCUCUACAUGGUGGUGGUGUCCCCACAGAUCUGCCUUCUGCUGGUGUCCCUCACUUACCUCUACAGUCUGACCACGGCACUGACUGUCUCUUCCUGUGUCUUCUCGGUGUCAUAUUGCUCUUCCAAUGUAAUCAACCAUUUCUACUGUGAUAAUGUCCCUUUGUUAGCAUUAUCCUGUUCUGAUACCUACAUUCCAGAAACAGCUGUGUUUGCCUUUUCAGGGACCAAUUUGUUUUUCUCUAUGAUUAUUGUUCUAAUAUCCUACUUCAACAUUGCCCUUGCCAUUUUGAGGAUACGUUCCUCAGAGGGGCGACAAAAAGCCUUUUCCACCUGUGCUUCUCACAUAAUGGCUGUCACUGUCUUCUAUGGGACUCUUCUCUUCAUGUAUUUGCAACCAAGGACCAAUCAUUCAUUGGAUACUGAUAAAAUGGCCUCGGUAUUCUAUACCCUAGAGAUACCAAUGCUGAAUCCCCUCAUUUACAGCCUAAGGAACAAGGAUGUGAAGGAUGCAUUGAAGAGAUUCCUGAUAAGCCAUGCCAAUUGUUCAAACUAA